AUGUAAAAUAAUUAGUCAAAUCUGUUAGAAGAAAAUGCUAAAUUACGAAAAAAUAUAUUGGAAUUGGAAACAACUCUUUAAGAAUUAGUAAGAUAAGAUUCUUUGAUAGAAAAAUGGACAGUGAUGAAAAAUUUUGUACUUGUUUCAACUGAAGUGGAGAGGUUAUCAUUAGCAUAUGUAGCUUUAGAGAAAUAACAUUAAUUAUUAAUAAAUGCAUAGAAUAAGGAUGUUUUAUAAAGUGAGUAAAAACUUAAGAAAUUGAUUACUUAAUUAGAAGAAUUAAAUGAAAUUAUGAUUCAAUAAUAAAAGCGAAUUGAAGAAUUAAAUAAAAAUAAUAAUUUGCUUAAAUAAUUAGCAAAUGAGAAUAAUUCAAAAAUGUAAGUAAUGCAUGAUUUAAAUAAGCAGUUAAAAAAUAAUGAGCUAAUUCUCAAUUAAGAGAAAUAAAAUUUAUAAAAUUAAUUAUUAGAAUCCAAUAAUGAAUUAAAUAAUGUUAUGUAAACAUUAAAAGAAUGUGAAGAUAUGUUUAAAGGAACUUUAUUUAAGUAAGAAACAAUCAUAAGAAAUUUGUCUUAAUAAAAUGAAGGUUUUAAUGGUGAAAUUAGUAAAAAAGAUAAAUUGAUAGAUUCUUUGAUGAAAAAGAAUAAUGAUCUUAUCAAUGAUGUUGAGAAAAUUGAUAAGAAGUUUAAUGAAUAAUCUUUAUAAAUGAAAAAAAUAUCGAAAAUGUAUGAAUCUUUGGAAUAAGAAUACAAUAACUUUAGAUUCUAACAAUAAGGAAAUCAAUCUGAAGUAUAUUUAUAAAAUUAUGUUUAACAUAGUUUAAUUCAUUGACUAAGAGAAUAGAGCAUAAAAAUUAAGUAUUGUUAGACUUAGAAAAUAAAUAUGAUAAAUUAAAUGUUAUAGUGAAAUCAUAAGAUGCAUAAUUGUAAGAGAAAGAUUAAUAACUAAAACAAUUAAAAUAAUAAUUGAUUGAGUAAUAAACUUUAUUGAUUGAUGUGAGAAGCAACAAUAAAUAAGUAAAAAGCGAAAAUAUUAGCGAAAUUUAACAACUGAAUAUUUAGAUAAAGAGGCUUCAAGAGAAAAUAGUUGAAAUUAGAUAAGAGUUAGAAAGAGAGAUAAUUCUCAAAGAGAAAUUGCAAGUUUAUAAUUAAAAUAAGGAUAUAGAAUUUGAAAAACUUAACGAUUAAAAUGAAACUUUGAAAUCAGAAGUAAAAGAAUUAAAGAGACAGAUAGUAGAAUUAUAAUAAACUUUGAAUGUUGAGAAAAAUAUGUUUCUAAAAGUUUAAAUGGAAUGUGCAGGUUUGAGAGAUUAAAUUAAAGAAGCUUAAGAGUAUGUUUAAAUAGAUAAUUAAAUAAACUAAUAGGAAGAGUGUGAUCAAUUAAGAAAUGAAUGUGAACUUUUAAGAAAUUAAACAUAACACUUGAAAUACUAAAAUUACUAGUAAUAAUAGCAAAUAGACGAAUUAAGAUAAACAAAAACAUAUUUAAGUAAUAUCUUGAUGGACAGAAGACAAUAUUGA